AUGCGAAACAAAACCUCAUCGUCGCUGCAGAAGACGUACGAUGAGUGCUAUCUGAUCUGCUCCACUGCCGUGUAUUUCGAGGGACUGGGCAAUGAAGUAGAAGCAUUACGAUCAUGGCGAUCAGCCCUGGACCAAAUAUACUACCACAAUGCCUACCGCGUUCCAGCAGGCUACAUACCACGAUCAGAGACGGAGAAAGCGCUGAAGGAUAGUCUGCGGGAUAUGGAGAUGCAGUGCAAGGAACGGGUGGACCUGCUGGAGGCCUUGAAGCAAUCACGAGAGGAAAAGGCCGAAGGUGAGACCGAGGCGACAAAUGGAAAAGCGCCCAAGACCUUGUCCAAGAUAUCGAGACAAGGCUCCGACGUGGAUAACGGCGAGAAGGGGUUCAUUGGGAAUGGCACCGUUCCUGCUGCGAACUAUCUAGAUCUCUCGCGACCAGCACUCCCUUCGCUACCACAACGACCUGCGGGGAUAGCGAAGAACAGCUCGGAGCGUGCUGUGGUUGGAAGUAGGCCUUCAUAUGGGCCGUCAAGGUCAUUAUCAUCGAACCUGGCGUCAUCCUCUUCGUCGAGGUCCAUUACGCCAUCGUUCUCGUCUACUUUUGCACACCCGAUGAAACAGACAUCUAGAAGUCCAAGUCCCGAAAAACAAAGAACUAUGCUUCAUACUCUACGAUCAGGGGACAGAGCUGGUCGCAAACCCAGCUACAGGUCUCCGAGGACCUCUACAUCCAGGAAAGACAGCGCUGUCACCAAUCAGGCUGCUUCAUUGGCGUGGCAAUCACUGGGGAAAGACCGGCUUGGACGCAGCUUGGAGAAUGAAGCUGAUAAGAGCUCAACGACACUCUCAGAAGCUGGGCGUAAGGAUAGUGCUAGCGAAUCUAUGCCUGUGAAGAACGUUCGCUACGACAGCAAGACGCGGACUCUGGUCCCAGACACACACUCUCAUCCAGGCCAUCCCCGAGGCUCAAGUCCACCUGAUUCGCUGUGUGGAAAGGGCGAGAUUCAUGGCUCUUCAGGUCGAUCGAAUGCGUAUCCCUUCCCACCUACUGACCCUGGCCAGCCAGAUGCUGUUUCCGGAAGUUUGAAGGACUCGAUAGAUCUCGAUCCUCCCUCCCCUACCCUUGUUGACGCAGGCUUAUCGAGAACGAAGAAAACCCCGCCCCCGCCACCAACCCGUUCCAGGAGCUCGUCUAAGCUUGAGCCUUCAUCAUACCCUACAUAUCUUAAAGAAUAUCCUGAAACAAGUGCUAGGAAAAGCGCCGCGGACACCGAGCUACCCUUGAGACGGAAGCCAGCCGCAGCCAAGCAGAAGGGAGAGGAGAAUAUUUCCUCUAGCAGAGUGGCGAGAAAACCAGUCCCGGCAAACACUUCUUCACCUCGGCAUCGUGACCGAUUUCAGGAAAAGGAUGCUGCGAGAAGGUUGCAGAGAAGAGAUGGUAAGCAGACUAUCGAUGACGAUACCUCGUCUCAAAGCAUCGAUGAGGACACAGUCAAGUCCGAGCCCAAGAAGAAGCUGAAGCCGAAGCAAAAAGAGAGUGGGAUACUCGCCGACCCUAUAACUCCAACCUCCGACGAUUCCGAAGCGCAAGCCGAUCUGGUGAAGAGCGCCUGGGAGAUCAAAGUGCAGCAAAUCAUGAAGAAUCUACCAAAAGGAGUAGACGAAGGAGCUGCAAAGCAAAUUUUCAAUGAAAUCGUGGUUCAAGGUGACGAAGUUCAUUGGGACGAUGUAGCUGGUCUGAGUAUUGCCAAGAAGGCGUUGAAGGAAGCUGUCGUCUACCCUUUCCUUCGACCAGAUCUAUUUAUGGGUCUCCGCGAGCCAGCUCGUGGUAUGCUUCUAUUUGGCCCGCCAGGAACAGGUAAGACCAUGCUGGCAAGAGCAGUUGCAACCGAGUCAAAAUCGACAUUUUUCUCGAUUUCAGCGAGUAGUUUGACAAGCAAGUAUCUGGGGGAGUCAGAGAAGCUUGUUCGGGCAUUGUUCUCGCUGGCGAAAGCUUUGGCGCCAAGCAUUAUUUUCGUGGACGAAAUCGACUCUUUGCUGUCUGCACGAUCGGGAUCGGGCGAGCAUGAAGCCACGAGACGAAUCAAGACGGAGUUCUUGAUCCAGUGGAGUGAUCUUCAACGAGCAGCUGCAGGCCGAGAACAGAGCGAGCGCGAGAAGGAAAGAGGCGAUGCAAGUCGUGUACUUGUGCUGGCUGCUACUAACCUUCCGUGGGCUAUCGAUGAAGCAGCGAGGAGAAGAUUCGUCAGGCGACAGUACAUUCCAUUACCGGAGGAUGAGACGAGAGCAACGCAGCUACGAACAUUACUAGGACACCAAAAACAUGGCUUGAAGGAAGAUGAUAUCCAAAAGCUUGUUGGAUUGACUGAUGGUUUCUCAGGCUCUGACAUUACAGCCUUAGCUAAAGACGCUGCCAUGGGACCUUUACGUUCACUCGGCGAAGCUCUUCUCCACAUGUCAAUGGACCAAAUUCGGCCCAUCCAGUUCGAGGACUUCGAAGCCAGUCUGGUCAACAUUCGACCUAGUGUCAGUAAACAGGGCCUUAAAGAAUUUGAGGACUGGGCAAGGGAGUUCGGCGAGCGAGGUGGUUAA